AUGCCCAGUAUGCGAUAUUCAAAGAAACUCCUUUAAAUAUCCUGAUUUCAUUGCUCUCCCUUGUACACCCCAUAGAUCUCUUCCUACCUUACUUUGCAGGGUGACUGGAUAUGGAAUACAAUGACAAACUGGCUCGGUUCCGUCAGAGUCAUCUUAACCCUUUUAAUAAACCGAGGGACGAGAAAUCCUCCCGGGAGGACAGAGACGAUUUGGCGUCCAAGGGUUAGUGUCAGAGGCAUGGAGGUGAAUGAACCUUAUAGUUAAGUGCCAUAUAUACAGUCCACCAUUAGAAUGGGCUCCAAAGCAGUCUAUAUCUCGAUUGAGCCCCUCAGGGAGAUUCUUCGUCCACUAUUACUAUUUUCAACUCUUCCCUCUUUCCAUACUCAGAUUCACCUCCAGGCUCUCCGCGUUGUGAACCAGAAUUCCACUGCCCGGAACGCGUCAUGGAUCUUGGCGUAUCGGAGGAUCAUUUCUCGCGACCUGUGGUGAGCAUGGACUCCAUUCUAUAUUAUUGCUGUUGAUCCAAAGGAAGAGGAGAAAUCCAUUUUGAAGUGAUUACCAGUUUUGCCACAAAUUGGGGGGAACGUCCUUUCUGAUUGCAAAAUGUAGGUGGAAGGUCCUCAUCAUAUGGAUAACAUGUUAAAUUGUACCUGUCAUGGUUCACACAAGUUAUUACAUUCUAUCUAUACAUUGUGCUUGCAGAAAUACGAGCAAAUGUGUAGAUUUUUAAUUUAAAGCUCUUUAAAAGUUUGGUCCUUCCAUCACCUGUCAAUCAAAUUCUCAGCAUUACGACUGUGUGAUGGUGGCUCACCAUUUGUAGUGCCGACGAGUGAGUGACAGGGAGAGCAGGAGAACCCUCCCCUGCUUUGUUCUCUUGACGGAGGGAGGUAUGGGACGCAUUGACACUAAUGUACUGAUAAUUAGCAAGCAUGUUAGCGUCAGCACAGAGGAUUGCCCUGUUUGGGAAAGUAUCUCACUGCAGGGUCAUAUACAGCAGACAGCUCCUGUUACUUCCUGGUUUGAUUGGCUCACUGGAGCUAAACUCAAGAGGCAGCAAUUGCUCAGAGCACCUGCCUUGCAAAGACUUCUCACUGAGCUGCAUUAGGAAGUCUGUGAUUGGACAGCCACAGAAAGUGUGGGAGGGUUUAGAAGGGGAGGGUUAUCAAGGGCUGCAGACAAGAGAAAUGCAGGUUUUGCAAGUUGUUUUUAGAUAUAUAAAUGUAUUUGUCUUUUUUAAAUAUAUAAAUAUGUCACACGUAUAUACAUAUACCUUUUAAAAUCAUACUGAUUCAUACCAGUCCACUGAUCUUUUAUCAUCCUUCAUUUGGCCAAUAAAGAAAGAUUUAGGCAAUGUAAUGAAAUAAAGGUAAGUAACCAUUUUGAGGUGGUUGUAUUUGAAUUUGGGGUUGCUGAUGUGAUAGUGAUUGUUUUCAGCGUUUUAAUUCUGACCAGUCAUACGUUGUGCGCCUAUUGCAGGGUCUCUUCCUGGCGUCUGACAUUCAGCAGCUGCGUCAGGCUAUAGAGGAAUGUAAACAGGUCAUCCUGGAGCUGCCGGAGAACUCUGACCAGCAGAAGGACGCAGUGAUCAGACUCAUCCACCUCCGGCUCAAGCUGCAGGAACUGAAAGUGAGUAUCGGGAGUAAGGGCCAAGCAGAGACCCGUCUAUUCCUUGAUUUACUGCUUCCCGUCCCUCCUUGACCUCGUGCUCUCUGUCCUAGGAUCCCCACGAAAAUGAACCCAACCUGCGGAUAUUGCUGGAGCACCGAUUCUACAAAGAAAAGAGCAAAAGUGUGAAACAAGUGUGUGAUAAGUGCAACACCUUUAUCUGGGGCUUGAUCCAUACCUGGUACACCUGCACAGGUGAGCUCUGCGCUCCCACACCUCAUGAACAUAUGUAACGUGGACAUUGUUAGGUCCAUCUCCACGUUACAGCAGUCAAUCCACUGAGGUUAGUCGUUCCUAUCCAGCAGUUAUUGCUGUGGCUGCUAGAGGACUGUGGGAUUUGCAGUCGACCUAAAGCUGAAAGUUUAUUGAACUAAUAGAAUUGCCCCAAAUCCCACUUCUACUCUUACGGUUACAUUGUAGUUGAUAUCCGUGCUUGAAGUCAGGUGGCCUGGCUAAUGAGGUUGUGGUGUGUCAGUGAGUUAACCCAGAUAGUUAGCCUUUUUUCCGUUGACAUGCCUUUCAGAUGAACCCCUGGAUUUACCUUGAAGGGAAAUACAUCCGCCCCUUCCUCACCCCCAUAUGCUCAGCUGCUGCUGCUAGGAAUGAACUCAUACAUGCACCGUAUACCAGUGAGGUUCUCCAUUCACUUACUGUAGUGUGUGUGUGAGAGUGCUUCCAGUUUAAUUGUACAGGGAAGGCAUCGUCUUACAUGACAGAGCAGGUCCAUGCUCACACUAUCACCCACACAGACUUCUGUCAUGUUCCCAAAUUAGUCAGAAUUUCUGCAGACUGACCAGUGUUUUUCCAUUUUCACAGGGUGUUACUAUCGCUGUCAUAGCAAAUGCCUAAAUCUUAUCACUAAACCCUGCGUUAGGUCGAAGGUCAGCCAUCAGUCUGAGUACGAGUUAUCCAUCUGCCCAGAGACGGGGCUGGACAGCCAGGAUUACCGCUGUGCAGAAUGCCGAGCACCCAUCGCUUUACGUGAGUCACUUACUGGCCAUCAACAUUUUCUGGCUGCACAGAACAUCGAUUUCCAUAGAUCUGUCUGUUUCAGGUGGUGUGACCUUCUUUUAUUUUGUUUGGACACAGGGGCGGCACCAAACGAAGCUCGGCAAUGCGAUUACACUGGCCAAUAUUACUGCAGCAACUGCCAUUGGAAUGAUCUUGCUGUCAUCCCUGCCCGAGUCAUUCACAACUGGGACUUUGAGCCACGCAAGGUAACCUGGCUGAGGAUAAUAAGACUUGUGAUUCUCAAUCCAGUUCUUACUCCUUAGGGUUUAGCCAUUAACUGUUUCCAUUCCAGUGGGGGUAACAAUUUGGUCUGAGCUAUGGACUGAGAAGCUCAGCAGGCAGUGGGAUACAGCAUGCCCCCCUUACGGUUGCUUCCUGAAAUGUUUAUAUCGUUUUAUACAAUUUAAUGGUGACCCGUAGGUAUUGUCACAAAUCAGUCACCGCCAUUGUCUCUCUCCUGUGCAGGUUUCCCGCUGCAGUAUGCGUUAUCUCGCCCUCAUGGUGAGCCGGCCUGUCCUCAAACUACGAGAAGUCAACCCUCUGCUGUUUAACUAUGUGGAGGAACUGGUGGAGAUAAGGGUGAGAUGUUACUUCUCCUUACAACACAAUAGAUUUUAUUUCCCCUGCGCUUAGUAAGUUCACUGAACAGUCUGCUGGUGUAAGUUGGCCAAGAUUUGAAAAAACCCUGCAAUUUAUCUGCCCAACUCUGAUUUUACUAAGACUAAACGUGGCCACAGGUGGUCAGCUUUCCUCAUCUCCCUGUCUGCCUUUACCAAUUCUCUCUGUGUAUUCUUAAUACUGUGAAACCCUGGAGAGUCGUACAUGGUGCCUCUGGGAGAGGCUGUUUUUAUUUAUUCAUUUUAAAGGUGUUACUUGUUUAAUUUUGUAUUUGAUCGCCUGAUCUUUAUUCUAAUGCUCACUAUGUCAUCCGGUAGAAAUUGCGGCAAGACAUUCUUGUUAUGAAGCCUUACUUUAUCACAUGCAAAGAAGCAAUGGAGGCUCGGCUACUGCUGCAGGUACGUGGAGAGAGCAGGGGGGCAAAUUAAUUAGCAAAUCUAAUUGUCUAUCCUGGAAGUGGUACUCUAUGAAAUAAAAAUACGAGGAGAAUUGCUAUGUAGGUUCUCUGUGGCGACUCUGUGGGAUUAUGGUCUUUGUACCCAUACUCACCCGGACUGUUUCUGCAGCUUCAGGAUCGACAGCACUUCGUGGAGAACGAUGACAUGUACUCCCUGCAGGAUCUCCUGGACAUGAGCAGCGGCCGUUUGAGUCUUUCUCUCACAGAGAUCCACACCAUGUUUGCCAAGCACAUCAAGCUGGACUGUGAGGUGAGGCGUCUAGGAGUGAUUAUGGCUAGGUUGUAGUUAAUGAAUGUAAGGGUGCAGAGUAGUGAAAUGUGAUUGGUUGGUAGAUGCACUGAGAUGUUUGUAAUUCUCUACUUGUCUUUCAGCGAUGUCAGGCCAAAGGCUUUGUGUGUGAACUGUGCAAGGAAGGAGACGUACUUUUUCCAUUCGAUAGUCACACGUCUGUCUGCCAGGACUGUGCUGCUGUGUUCCACAGGUACGGCCGCGGCAGACUGUAUGCUGCGUGGGUAAAAUGAUGGCGCCCCUGAUAUUUGCUGGUACAGGCCUGGUCCCUCCACAACCGUCUCUGAGAUUAGAAGAGGUCAUCUUCCGAUGAUUAUUUCUGUAAAAUAGGUGGCAGUCAGUCAUCCAGUUUAAACAAUAAAAUAUUAAUGAAAAAAGAGAAAAUCUUCAGCAUACUGAAUCCACUUUAAAAAAAUGACGGUGUGGCUCAGAACUUGCUAUAAAAUCACAUUUCCAGUAAUUAACAGUUGAGUAUGGUAUUCGUUUCAGGGAAAACGCUAGAGUUGUGUAAUUCUCUACCUAAACGGAUAAAUCAUUAGAUUUGCUAAACAGGCUGUUUAGAGUGGUAAUAGUUAAAAUGGACAUUAACCCCUUAAGGACACAUGACAUGUGUGACAUGUCAUGAUUCCCUUUUAUUCCAGAAGUUUGGUCCUUAAGGAGUUAAAGGGUUACUUUAAACACCAUUCCCACUUACUGGUUUGAGGUGGUCCUAGUGCUUUGAGUCUGUAUGUGCCGAGUUCCAUUUUAAAACACUGCACGUACUGGGAAAAUGCCCUUUCCUGAGGAGUAGCGAAUGUAAAAUAUAUUGUCUGCCCACAUAGCAUGCUGGCGACACACACCCCACCCCCCUCGGUCCCUGCUGCCCAUGUCCUCCCUCAAUACUUCCCUUACUCCACAGUGGUAACUUGGCCUUACCUUAGAAUUGCAGGAAACUUUUCGUUUUUUUUUUUGUUUUUUUUUCAAAUUUAUUUUUUCUUUUUAGUAGGGGGAGGAAUGCCAGCAAGGGAUACUCCAUUUUUGUUUUAUUAAAACGGUUGAUUUGGCUGCAGUAAACCUGGGAGAUAGCCCAUUGCCAGUUGGGGAGAGGGGGGACAUUGUAUUUCCUUUUUGGAGAACCGCUGGAAAUUUUUCUAAAAAUUUUUUUUCAUUUUAUCUUAAACACAGUAACAGGGAUGUGUGAACAGCUAAAUCUGAUGGACUCCAGCCAUUUCUUUCAAUGUGUAGCAUGUGAAAUCUUCCACCUGAAACACGUUGUAAAUAAAGUCUGUCUAUCUUUCCUGCAGAGACUGCUAUUAUGAUAACUCCACGAGCUGCCCCCGGUGCAUGAGGCUCAAUCUCCGAAAGCAGGAACAGGGUCCUGGAGAGGAGUCGUGGCAGUGAAUGACACUUUAUCUGUGACACACAGAGACAGCUUAAUUUCUCCGGAAAUGUCUGUGCUUGCCAGUGGCGUGUACAGCUCUUAUUACCGCUGUCAUCUAGACGCAGUACAUGGCGGUUUGAGCCUCGCAAAAAGAUUUGUACAUACAGACAUGAAGAGACUGCUGAAUGUGCUACGUUUUACACCUCAAGCCGCCCAUUAUAUGUGCCUGGGAUGACAGCAAUGCAUUCUGGACUAACGCACAAUGGUCGCCUGCCAAGCCUCGCACCCAGUUUUGCACAUUAUUAAGGAGAUGUCAGGCUUUCUCCAACUGUAUCAAAGACUGGGCAUUGCAGGUGGUCCUCUCCUGCACACGUCUUGAGGUGCCUUAAAUACCCGUCAUUGGAUGUUCUGGAUGUUUUAUACUCUGUCGAAACAGAUUAGAACAAAGGUGGGCAAUUGGUAGCCCGUGGUUGUUCUAGAACCAUCUCCCAUGGCUGUAAUGUAUAAUGGGUGGCGUUGGUCGAUGAUUUUGAGCAUCCUGGGGGGUGCAGGAUGAUGUGGCUUUGCAACACUUAUGAUACAAUAAGUUGACUGUCCCUGGCUGAGAUUUACUAAGAACCCCAGAUUCUGGACUUUGGUACUCUUGGUGACUGUGUAACAUGUAUAUACUCUUUGGGUAUCUGCUUAGUUAAAAGAGAGCAUUAGCAAUAUUUUAAGCACUUAAUGUGACAGUCUAGGGUGUGUUUGAAUUCCCCCUUUUAAUGCAUUUUAGAGAUAAUGUAUUACAAUAUUGAAAAAACAAAUCCUGAAAAUUAAAAUACCUUUUGAAUAUUAUAUAUUUGCAGAAGAUCCGUAGUACCUGUUGCAUCGGCAAUGAGCCAUGCAGAGAACAGGAAGAGGCUGCAAUAUUUUCACCAAUCCUGGUUUCCAUAUUUAUUUAUGCUUUGAGAGAGCGAAGCAUCUUCCUGUGCAUUCAAUCUUUAUGGGAAAUAUAGUUCAGCUCUCUGAUUUCCUUUUGGGAAAUUUGCAAUGUGGAGCAGUUCUUGCCAGACGUUUCAUUCAUAAAGCUAUAGGAUUGUAGUCACCUGAUGUUACGUGAAGCAUGUGAAUGCUAUAAACACCCGUCCCCCAGGAAAAUAACACGUUGCUAUAGAUUGUCUUGCAGUCACUAGUUGAGGUUGUGUUAGUGUUCUGAUCUCAGUAGCAGUGCUACACGGAAUCUAUUGGCAGAUAUGAAAUGUAUCUGAAAGACUGCUACUAAUUAUCAAUGAAGACUCUAACUGUAGGGAUAAUUGUACCAAAUAUUAAAAUAUGUCUGACAUAACCCUCUGUUCAAGAGGUGAUCUACUUCCCAUAUGGUCAGUAUUAAUCAUGCUCCUUGCAGGUACACGUUGAUUAUUUCACUAAAACAGUAUAAGAACAUUCAUUUAUGCAGAGGAGAAAUUAAUUGUGUUAAUUUGAGAUAAUUUGACUUAAAGGACAACAGUUGUUAAAUUUUCACUUUUUUUUUUUUUUAAAGUUAAUUGAAAAUUAAUUAUAUUCUUUAAAUUUUGUAUGUUGAUGAUUUUGUAUUUAGUUUUUAAUAAGCUUAUACUUUUUAUCUGGCCAAGCGACCAUAUUGGAUCAGACUCUAGUGCCACUCCACCUAACUUGCUGCUGCUGCAGGUUCACACAGUGCAAUCACAGCCGCCGCAGCAAGUUAGCUUGAGCAGCAGUUGGUCAGAUAACUGUAGAGUCUGACCCAAUAUGGCCGCUCAGCCAGUUAAAAAGUGACAUUUUCUAAAAAAUAAAUUACAGAAGUUUAAAAAAUGUCAUUUACAUUUCAAUAAAUGUAACAAAUGUUGUCCUUAAACUUGUCCUUUAAGAUGCUAAAAAUGGAAGUACUCAGCAGGCAGAUCUUAUGGUAGAAUUAUGUCUCUCAAUAUCCUCUGCUAAUGUUUGUUGGGACUCGGGAUGAUGGGAGUUAAAGAUGUAAAUAGCUGCUUUUUUCCUAACACUGGGGGGGGAACCUGAAACUAAUAAUUAAGCAGACAAUGGACAAUGGAUUUCUGAAAUCAUCCGCAGGCUUCACUAGAUGAGAAGUAAAGUUAUUUUGAUGAUAAAUGUGGAAGUUACAAAGUUCUUCCUUUUAAUUUCAUCUAUUUGUAUCUUGUGAAAGUAAAUAUCAGAUAAAUUGAUGUUUGGUAAAGAGGCACCAAGAGAAAAGGACCCACGUCUGUUAUUCUGAAACAACGUAUUUUGCGUCUCGCCCACAGACUGUAAAUGAUGGCUUUAUAGUUUAUUGAUUUGCCUUCUCAGCUGAUUUGCGAUGGGUUUAUUCCCUAUUCAGGCGUUUUCACAGCCAGAGCUGGGUCACAGAAUUAGAGAUUUUUACCACCGUUGCUAGUUUGACCAAAAUAGUGAAAUGUCAUUGUGAAUAAACCCAGUAAAUAUUCUACUUAUUGCUCCUAUUAGAAUCUUUCUUUGCACUUUAUGUAGUAUUCCCUGAAUUAGAGAUUACUAUUGCUUUUUAGCCUUUGAAAUGCUAUUAAGGGAGCGCAAACACCGAGUUGCAAACCGAUUAUCUUUAGACAGGUCGAGAGUGGGGGGAUUUACCUACAGGGAUGUCACAUAGCUUUAUAAAGAGCUCAUUCAUUAAUAACUUUUAAUUCAUAAAGUCUAGCCGGUCAUAAUGUCCUCUGUUGGCUUAUUUUUUUUAAUGCUUUUUAAUUUUAACAAUGUCAGGUAUUAUGACUGUCAUUUAAAUAGUGUUUACUAUGAAGCCAAUACUUAGACCAUCAGGGAAUACAGAACUUCAAAUCCCACAAUAAUUAGAGUCGAUUCACAAAGCCUAUUUUGGACUACACCUCCCAUGAUGCUUUGUCAGCAUUAUGGGGGAUGUAGUCUACAACAUCUGGAGUGCCAGAGGUUGCCUACCCCUGCUCUAUAGUUUGGUCAUGAUUGCCCUGGGAGUGGUCGCUGAAACCAGACACAAUCUUGUCUUUGCAACAUGGAUCCAGCUUACUCGGCUGUCUUGUUUGUCUCUAAGGAAAGCUCUUAAGCCCAGACCCCACUUUGUGUCAGGAAAACCAGUUAGAAAUCGAGCAAGUUUGGCAUGAGACGAGUGUAUUAUUUCAGCAAUCCUGACCUGAUUUUUUAAUUUGUUUUCCCCCAUGGGAUGAAAAUUGUGGGUGUUGUUUUUUUUUUUGUUUUUUUUUUUUCAUUGCUCGAACUAUAUAGUAUACUACUGCCAAUGCGCAGAUCAAGGCUUAUUGUAAAUACUGGACAAAAAGUACUUCAACUCCUGAGAUAAUGAGAGAAUCGCUAUUGUUAAAUGUACAUGUGUCUUGGGAAUUAUAUGCAGUGUCAUGACUUAGGUCUUAAAUUCUGGACAACAAGUCAACCCUUUAUUUAUAAUUGCUUAUUUAUAAUGUAACAUGAGACCUGUGUACAUAUUAUUUCAUGUAAUAAAUGUAUUGUUUUUAUUGCCUUAUUAAACUACAAAUAAAGUUGCUGAAAUUAAAAUGA